CGGCCAAUAGAGACCGAGACGGCAGAACUCUUAACGGAAUAGCAUUCAUGUCUGCUCCUUAAAUUCAUUCUUUGACAGAGCGUAUGCAGCACGUAAUUUGAGCUAUAACAUCAGCCGGAAUACGCUACACAAAAAUGAGAGGUAAUCGCGAUAUGGAGCUGCCAGAGGACUUCUGGAUACCCGUUAAGCUGGACACAAACAACAUCACAUCACUUAGCCCUUUCCUGGUUCCACAGGACCACUUGGGGGAUUCACUCACCUUCUACGCCAUGGCAGCAUUCAUGUUAUUCGUAUUUGUAUUUGGCACUUUUAUCAAUGUCCUUACCAUUGCUUGCACCGUCCAAUACAAGAAACUUCGAUCCCACCUCAACUACAUCCUGCUGAACCUGGCAGCAGCAAACCUCAUUGUGUCCUGUGUGGGCUCCUUCACUGCCUGCUGCUCGUUUGCAUUCAGAUAUUUCAUCUUUGGUGCACUAGCGUGCAAGAUUGAAGGUUUUUUGGUAACACUCGGUGGUAUGGUAAGCCUGUGGUCCCUUGCUGUGAUAGCUUUUGAAAGAUGGCUUGUGAUCUGCAAGCCACUGGGUAACUUCGCUUUCAAGCCCGACCAUGCUCUAGCCUGCUGUGCAUUCACCUGGUUUUUUGCAUUGGCUGCCUCAGCUCCUCCACUGUUUGGAUGGAGCAGGUAUAUUCCAGAAGGCCUGCAGUGCUCCUGUGGACCAGACUGGUACACCACAAACAACAAAUACAACAAUGAGUCCUAUGUGAUGUUCCUUUUCUGCUUCUGCUUUGCUGUUCCUUUGACCACAAUUAUCUUCUGCUACUCCCAGCUGCUCAUUACACUGAAAAUGGCAGCCAAGGCCCAAGCUGAGUCUGCCUCCACCCAGAAGGCAGAGAAGGAAGUGACCAGGAUGGUGGUGAUCAUGGUGGUGGGCUUCCUGGUGUGCUGGUUGCCAUACGCGUCCUUUGCUCUUUGGGUUGUGAACAACCGUGGGCAACCAUUUGACCUGAGAAUGGCAACUAUACCAUCUUGUUUCUCAAAGGCUUCAGCAGUCUACAACCCUGUUAUCUAUGUGGUCUUUAAUAAGCAGUUCCGUACAUGUAUGUUGGCGAUGCUGGGGAUGGGAGGAGGUGAGGAGGAGAGCUCAACUACAUCAUCAGUGACUGAAGUUUCCAAAGUUGGGCCUGCUUAGAUAACGCGUCAGCGCUUGCUGAUUUCUAAUUACUUCCGAACUGUAAAUUACAAAGAAUGUACAUGUGUUUUAUCAUAUGAAAAAAAUGUUAUCAUUCACAUAGGAAUAAUGUGCAAAGUGAAAAAUACAAAUAAAAAUUAAUAAAAGACACAAAUAUC